GUUUUAUUUUUCAGCUUUGCUUAUUGGAAAUGGCGCAAUUACAAAUUUGCGUGCGUUUGUAACUGUAUAAAUGUAACUUUUCUCAGCACAAACUUAUUUACUAUUAGAAUGUUAUAACGUGAUUAUGCCGAAAUUUGUAUUGCCUGAGCUAUCUGGAAUCUAACGUUAGUUUUUGUACUGUGUAUUACGCGCACACUAAUAUAUGCAUUACGUUGCGUCCUGCUUUUGAAUUACCACCAUGUUUAGUUGAUUUUAUGUUGAUUCGUUAUUUACAUUAAACGUUUAAUAUAAAUCUGUAAGUUUAACAGUUUAGAGGUUUGUAUAUUUUCGUGCUUAAAGAUAAAAACUUACACAUUAGGAGUUUUGCUGUUAAUUUGUCAAUUUUAUAUUUUCUGUAUCAUACUUAACAGAAACAUUUUAGGCGUUCUAGUCCCUGGUAAAGUUCAUCUUAAUUCAUGUUACCUCCGUCCACACUCCAAAUGUAGAAACAUCAUGAAAGGCCAAAUGAAAGGCCAUAUGGCUUUAAACAGCAGUCCCUAUAAGCCAUCUACCAAUAAACUGUCAUCCCAGUAUUUAAUAAAAGACCAAAUGUUAAGUCAUUACCACAACCUUGCGACAAUUAAAUCAGCAGUUGAUCAUCAUCCACCUAAAUCUACGCAGCAGAGCAUUAAGAAGAGAGACCAAUUAAGACGAGAUGGCAUGUUGUUACAAUCGCAAACUAUGAACCAAACAAAGUAUUCUAUGACGCCACAAAGCGAGCCAAAUAUGAUGAGCAGUCGCGGAAGGAAUCAGCAUAAAUCUCGAAGCGAGCCGAAAUUUUCUCCAAGAAGUGAUCCGAUGAUGGAGAAAUAUUAUGAUGAAGAAUAUAACACAUCCUCCAGAUCAUGGAGUCCUAACCAUUUUAUGGAAACCGGGAAAUCCAGGCCAAGCACGGCAAGACCAAGUACAGCGCGAUCAAGGGGAGAUUUGAGAUCAACCAAUAGAAAAAACGCGACAAUGAAAAGUCCCCGCCAACAAGUUAUGGAUGUAACUUAUAACGGGGAUUAUCUGGAAAGACAUGAAGAAAGAUUCAAUAAAACUGAGAAACCUUUUACACCGAGAACUAAAAAGCGACCUGGAAAGUCAUUUCUUUCACAAUCAAAGCAUUAUUCUGCUCCAACUCUUCCUAAAGCUGAUAAAGAGAAGAAGAAGAGGGAGAAAAAAGAAGAGGAUGCUAAGACGAAGUUGGAGGCCUUGGAUGCAAGUGGUAACUAUGACGAUGAUGAUCAUUCAAAGUGGGUGGAGCAACAAGCAGAGUUCGUGAAGAAGAUGUCGCUCAUGGAUGGAUCAAUGAGGAGGGAACGAGACUGGAUGGAGACAAAGUCAUUCGGGAGCAGUCAACCAACAUCAAUGGGGUACUCGGAGACCAUGAGGAGGAUUAAAUUGGAGGAGGAGGAGCUAAAAUAUUGUGAGUUCAUCAAUGAGGUCACCAAUGAUAUUUUGACCAAAGGGAUUUAUUCAGAUCAGAUUUUAAACCAACUAAUGGAUCGACAUUUGAACAGUUCCCAUGGAUUGGAAAGAGAAAGGCUGGAACGGAUGCUACGGCAGUUAAAAGUUGAUUUAGGAAUUUCAACGGCAAGAUCAACCUCAAGUUUUGGUCGUUUUGACACAAAAUCGAGUAAAAACGACAGAUUUUCUGACACUGAAGAUAAAUUUGCUGAAAAGAUUGUGAUUUCUGACAUUCCUUCAAACCGUAGUUCUCCAAAGUCAAAUAGAAAACUAAAUACGUUGAACUCAAAGUCCACAGAAAGUGAUGAAAACGUCUUUCAAACUUCAGAUAAACUAUUAUCUGACCCUAUAGAUAGUGAGAACCUUUCAAUUACUUUGAAACCUCAUGAAAAUCUUAAAGAAGUCAAUGAAGCUGUUAAAUCAGAAGAAGAAGAAAUUGUCGAUGAUGCCGAUGAGUUAGAUAAGACAGCAACCACCAAACAAAACUCAACAGAUGGUUCAGAUUACGAAUCCGUUGCAGCUUUAUCUAUGGUUAUUAGACAAACAGAGGCCAAUGAUAAUCAAAGACAACGAUGAAGAUUCAGAUUUUUAGCGAUAACUUAUUUUUAGUAUUAGCAACACUGUGGGUUACUGUGAAAUUCAAAGUAGUAUCUAAUACAUUGGUGGUAAAUUAUUUGUUUUUACACUUUACAUGAUAUUGAAAAUGUGUCUUUUUUAUUUCUAAACCUGCAAACCUAUUAUAUCUUAUAUUGAUUCUAUUGUAUGAGGUGCUAUACUGAUAUAGCAAGGCACAUCAUUAGACCAAGGAUUUAGGCUUACAAUGUAUAUCUUGAUGGUAUAAUUUCAUAUUUAAACCCUGCUUAAGGUGAAAUUACUUAAUCGACUUACACAGUGCGCGGCUAAUUAGAAUUAAACUUGCCAGUCACUCAAAUUUACAUUUUGUUCAUUAAUCAAGGCAAUUUGUCAUAAUGGCUAUUAUUGUAAUGCUACUACUUCACACAUAUGACACUGUUAAAAUUCUUAAACUGUUUUUAUUUUACCAACAUAAUUUAAAUUUACACCAUUUCAAAUUCAGUGUAAACAAAUAAAAGCUUUUUUAAUUAAAGUGUGUUUUAGAUUAAGUAGCAUUUUAAUAAUGUUUAUUAGAAUGACUGUGUUUUUCCAUGCAAUAGCUAUAUUAUUUCAUGUAAUUUCUACUUCUUUAUAUUUCACAAUUAUAUUAACUUUUAUAUUAAGAAGUUCUGGUACUUAAGUAUGUUCAAUUUGUUUGGUAUGCUUUAAUUUUUGGUAAUAUAGAUUUAUAAUAAGUUGUUGCUUUUAUAUUUUACAGA